AUGAGUUCUAGCAAGAGUAUUGGAAGGAUGGGAUUUAGGAAUCUAAGAGAUUUCAAUUUGGCUCUCUUAGGUAAACAAGGGUGGAGGUUAAUGGAGAGAGAGGAGUCUUUGGUGGGGAAAGUUUUUAAGGCUCGGUAUUAUCCACGGGGUUCUUUUAUCAAUGCCAACUUGGGAGCCAACCCAAGUUUCAUUUGGAGAAGUAUUUGGGAGACUCAAGAGCUUUUGAAAAGUGGUAUGAGAUGGAGUAUUGGUUCGGGCAACAAUGUCAACAUCCUGGGGGAACCGUGGUUACCUGAUAGACUCGAUCCGAUGGUUGUUUCAAUGCACCCAAUGCUGCAACAUCAAAAGGUCAGUGUGUUGAUGAAGAUAGAAGAAAAAGCUUGGGAUGAGGAUCUGAUAAAUGACUUAUUUGAGGAGAGGGACAUUAAGUUAAUUUACAGUAUUCCUCUUAGCUUUACCGUAGGCCAUGACAGGUGGUACUAG